CAGGCUCUCCUGAGGGUGCCUGUUCGCGCGAGAGUUUGAAGGGGCGUGCUCAGGGGCAGUCUCCAGUGGGGGCUCCCAGGGCACCGCAGGUUCCCGCUCCGGUGCCCAGUUACGUGCCCACAGCUGGACCAGGCGCUCCCUGGCCACCCUGAACCUGGCGGUUGCAGGCGCGAUCUGGAGAAGCCGGGACAGCCUCGCUCUUCCCAGCCAGCUGCUGCAGCCAACAAAGUGAGAGUCCUGCUGCUUUCCAGUGCCUGGGCCAGGACGCCGGCCGCGGGAGCAGAGGUGGAGCGACCCCAUUACGCUAAAGAUGAAAGGCUGGGGUUGGCUGGCUCUAUUUUUGGGGAUCCUGCUGGGAACGGCCUGGGCUCGAAGGAGCCAGGAUCUACACUGUGGAGCUUGCAGGGCUCUGGUGGAUGAAUUAGAGUGGGAAAUUGCCCAGGUGGACCCCAAGAAGACCAUUCAGAUGGGAUCCUUCCGUAUCAAUCCAGAUGGCAGCCAGUCCGUUGUGGAGGUACCUUAUGCCCGCUCAGAGGCCCACCUCACAGAGUUGCUCGAGGAAGUGUGUGAUCGAAUGAAGGAGUAUGGAGAACAGAUUGACCCUUCUACCCACCGCAAGAACUAUGUACGUGUUGUGAGCCGGAAUGGAGAAACCAGUGAGCUAGACUUACAGGGCAUCCGAAUUGAUGCAGACAUCAGUGGCACCCUCAAGUUUGUGUGUGAGAGCAUUGUGGAGGAAUACGAGGACGAACUUAUUGAAUUCUUUUCAAGAGAGGCUGACAAUGUUAAAGACAAACUUUGCAGUAAGAGAACGGAUCUAUGUGACCAUGCCCUUCACAGAUCUCAUGAUGAGCUAUGAGUCACUGGAGCAAGCAGCCUAGACCAACUUGAUGGAACACCUUCAGGAGGGGAAGAUGGUGGCAUUGUCUUUUAUAUUAUGUUUUUAUGGAAAUGAACUGAAAAAAGUCUGAAACUAAAA